AUGGUGAUCCUGCAAUGGAAGGCUGUUUGUGGUCUGCUGUUGACCUUCAUGGGACCUCCCAACUCCCAGCCAUUUCCUCCUAAAGGAGAAAGAGUGAGGACAUAUAAAAGGCCCUCUGCAGGGAGGACUGCUCAGACUCAAGUCCUCUACACUCCUCAUCCACCCAAGGACAACUCAACCACCAGCACCAUGUGUGGCUACUACGGAAAUUACUAUGGCGGCCGCGGCUAUGGCUGCUGUGGCUAUGGAGGCCUGGGCUAUGGCUACGGAGGCCUGGGCUGUGGCUAUGGCUGUGGCUAUGGCUGUGGCUAUGGCAGACUGGGCUGUGGCUAUGGCUGUGGCUAUGGCAGACUGGGCUGUGGCUAUGGCUAUGGCUCCCGUUCUCUCUGUGGCUGUGGCUAUGGUUAUGGCUCAGGCUAUGGCUCUGGCUUUGGCUACUACUAUUGA